ACGAGAUUUACCGUGAUAUCAGCCCACACCCAUAUUGCAGACCACACUCAUUAUUACCUGUAGUGUUUGUUGAUGUUGUAACCAGUUCAGGGGAUACGGGUCAGGGGUUGCAGGAGAUCAUAACGGUCCUACAGGCCAUAGAAAAGUGUUGGAAAAGACGAUGCGAGAAGAGGACUCCUCCCCGAUGGACAGUGCGGGAAACAGCGAGGAGGAGACCGACCGUCAGCUGCCGCGCAGAGGCGCGAGGAAGCGGCGAGCGACACGGAGGAGCGCGGACGAGGAAGAAGAUGGGGAUUUGGAGAGUGCGAACCCCGGGAAGAAGAAAUGUAGGAAGAGUUGCGACGGCGGAGGCGGCAGCGCUGGGAGCGGCGGCAGCGAAGGCAGCAGCAGCCCCGAGCCUUCCUUUGAUGACCUACACACACAGCGCGUGAUGGCCAACAUCCGCGAGCGGCAACGGACGCAGUCCCUUAACGAGGCAUUCACGUCGUUACGUAAGAUCAUUCCUACCCUCCCGUCGGACAAACUCAGCAAGAUCCAGACAUUGAAGCUGGCGGCCCGGUACAUCGACUUCCUGUGCCAAGUUCUGCAGAGCGACGAGUUGGAAGCGCGAGGGACCAGUUGCAGCUACGUGGCGCACGAGCGUCUGAGCUACGCGUUCUCGGUCUGGAGGAUGGGGGGCGCGUGGUCCUUGUCUACUGCGUCCCACUAGCAGGGCUGCUGUGGAUGGGACAGUACGAUUAUCCAGACUGAAGGACCAUUGGAUCAGUCCGAUUCUUCAGAUAGACUGAAACAGGCAAAACGCAGCUGAGGCCCAGGCCCAGCCGCUGUGCUUCAGGCCUCAGAGGAGAGCGGGCUUUUCAUAUUUCCCGUUGCAUGGACUGUUAUAUUUGCAAGGGAGCACUUAUGGGACAGGACGGAUAUGAAGAAAGACCACUGCGACUAUGAAUGUUGUAAAAACAAAAUGAGCUCUGAGGAACUGCUCUGUUUUGAAACAUGAGAGAAAAAUGACAAUUCAUUUCACAUUCCCUGUGACAGUGUUUCACAGCAAAUGAAGUAUUUGUAUUUAUUUUUCUACACAGGUUCGAAAUUCAUUUCCCCCCACUCAAAUAAAAGUUAUUUAUUUUGGGAUAUCACAGAAUGCUGAAUGGAUCUGGA